AUGGGGUUUGAUUGCUUCUGCCUUGAAAGUCCAACUGUACUGUUUCCACAUGCGAAAUUGCAAACUGAAUCCCCUAGAUAUGUUUUCAACAGGCUGGAAUCACUCUUGUCAUUAUGCGAGUAUGACACUGGGGCAAGGCUGACACCUGACAGACAUGUUGCACGAGAGUGGUUAAAAGAGAAGAGGUGGGAUGCAAGGAAAUUUCUUACUUCAGCUGGAGUCAUGUCAUCUCUUUCUGCAACUGUGGGGAGCUUGGCCGUCGCUGUGGGUCAACAAGAAGGCGCAGAUAGCUCUGCAUUUGCCCUCGCAUUGGUUUUUGCUGCCGUUGUAAUGUAUGAUGCAUCAGGAAUUCGAUGGCACACAGGUCGCCAAGCUGCGUUGUUGAAUCAAAUAGUCUGUGAUUUCCCACCAGAACAUCCAAUCAUUUCAACCUUUAGGCCACUACGGGAACCUCUUGGACACAGUCCACUUCAGGUUUUUGCAGGAGCACUUGUUGGCUGUGCAGUCGCUUAUUUCUUUGGGAAAUCUGUAUAA